AUGGCGUCCUCCAACUACGACACGAUGGACGCCUUGGACUGGACCAAGAUUAUCGCUAUUGGCUUGGUUUGGACACCGUCGGCAUACUUCUUCAAUUCUUGGGUCAAUAGCCAGCCGCCUAGUACCUUUGUGAGCGUCGCCUGCGUAAUAUUUUCAAUCGUUAGUCUCUUGGCAAGCUUUCACCUCGUUUUGUUUGCGAUUUUCGUUCUUCUAUCGCCAUUAUUUGUCCUUGGGUUGUUUUACCGACUGUUACUAGCGCUCCCUUACCUAUGCGCUGGGUUCGGUCCUUGGUGUCUUUCAUUAUUCUGUGCUCAAAGGCCGCUACGUUACGCGUCGCGGUUGGAAAGGUCCCCAGGCAAAGACUGCAGAUUGUGUGGAAGAUGUAGCAACAUAGUCGACCAGUCCUCCAUCCUCCGCGGCACCCGUUGGAGAUUGACGCGAUCAAAAGAAGAAUACGACUUUUAUACAAAAGAUCAGCUCCAGCAAUCCUCCAAAGGCUGCCAUCUAUGUAGCCUCCUCUGGCAUUCUUCAUUUGACGCCCAGACAACUCCGGUGCUAGGAACAUGCUCGGAAGAUGUUAUGGUCAGGGAACCGGAUAUCACUACGCCGCUACUUUCCGCAGUUCCCAGGUCAUGCAAUUCUCGUGACUGUGAACAAGGCGUCGAAGCCAGGAACCUCUCAAUCCAAAUCACGGCAACUAUGGAGUUUGGUAGCUGGCAAUCGCUUCAGGUUCGUUUGUACGACAAAGGAUCUAGUCCAUUCCCGUGGCUACAAAUCGAAGAUACCAGUUAUGUAUCCAGCAAGCAUAAUUGCGGGCAGUCUAACAUAACUGGCUCUGAGGCCAGCUUUGAAUGGGCUCGAGACAUAGUUGAGAAGUGCGAGCGAGAGCAUCACAAUUGCCGCAACCACUUCAUCCGACCUACCAGUCAGCGAUAUCUUCCUAAACGGCUCAUCGAUGUGCAAGCCAGGGAAAAGGGGGUCAUACAAUUGGUACUGAGCAAAGCCCUCAGAUCUGACACUGUCGUUGAGUAUGCUGCGCUUAGUCACUGCUGGGGUACGACGGUCAAGUCUGAGUUGAGGAAGGACAAUGAAGAAACGAUGAAGACGACUCUGAUAGAUACCCUGGAUCCGAAUUUUCGAGACGCUGUUGACAUAACUUACAAAAUGGGGAUAAAAUAUCUAUGGAUCGACUCGCUCUGCAUCAUGCAACGCACCCAGGAAUGGGAAGAGGAAUCUGGCGAUAUGGGCCUCGUUUACGCAAGAGCCAAGGUCGUGAUAUCUGCGACAGCAUCCAAGAAUUCAGAAGGCGGCUGCUACAAACCCAAGGAUCUCUUCCCCUACGACUGCGUGCUCUGUAGCAACUGGAAUUCUUCACUCGUGGUCCGUUCGCCGAUCAGGUAUGCCGACCUGGUCCAGCUCUUCGGGGAGAAGGUGGAUCGUUCGUUUCUAGCUACGAGAGGCUGGACCUUUCAAGAAAGAUUUUUGGCGAGCAGGAUUCUGCACUUCUGCUCAGGUCUUAAGAUGUUCGAGUGCAACACAUUGACUACCUCUGAAUGUCAUCGGGAAGAAGAAUAUCCUCUGAACACCCAGUUCAGCCAGCAUGGGACUCUGAACGCGCCGACGGUUCCUAAUCCAGGUCGUGAACCACCCAAGCAGCUUUGCAGCAGGACAAUUGUACGACGCGCCGGAAUUUCUACAAGACCAGUCACACGUCCGGCCAAGAACACAGUUAAAAAACGCUGGUAUGCCAAUCCCGAGCAUAAACGGUGGGCCAAUAAGAAACGACGCUAUGAUGCUCAAAUGUCGUCUAUAAGGACUAACGCCGCACGACUCAGUAUUAGAGGAGCUUUCAGCUUUCUUUGGUCUUUUAGAGGACACGAUAUGAAGGAGAAGGCAGAAUUCCAUCUACGAUGGUAUGAGAUGGUGACCAGCUACUCAGUCCGCAACCUUACGAAUGAUAACGACAAGAUGAUGGCCAUUGCCGGUGUGGCCUACUUCAUCCAGCAGAGCACGGGCUUCAAGUACGCUGCUGGUCUCUGGGAAGACACAUUACCCUUCAAUCUCCUCUGGGUCGUAGACUCUGGAGUCAAAAGGCGACCGUAUGGCCGAUCUGUUCCCUCAUGGUCUUGGGCCUCAGUGGAUGGUAAGAUCUCGCACUGUCUCAAGAGAGUCGACCCAACUCCAAAAUCUGGCUCAAGGUCUAGCUCAACGGUCUAUGGCAGCAGCAUUUCCAAUUCAUGGGAGUAUAUAGAGUCCCUGGUAUCGGACCUGGAGAUUCAAGCUACACAUGUGGUCAACGGCAUGGCCCACGAUGCCACGCUGAAGCUGUCCUGCCAGCUCCGAUCGUUUGGUCCUUCGUCAUUAAAAUACGUGUACGAUACGCUGGAGAACCAUGAGCGGGGUGAGAUAAGAUGUCUGCCCGUCCUCGAGUUUGUUAAUCACAGAGUUGGCCUGAUGACUCGAACGCCACAAAUCCAUGGAAUUCUGGUUCGACCGGCGUCCGGUACUUCGAACCAGGCAGAAGGUACACUGGCUCAAUACAUGAGAGUAGGACAUUUCUGCACAGAAAAGACAAACAUUCACUUUGAGGAUAUGACCCGAGAGGGGCAACUAUCUAUUGAGCUUAUUUAA